CCCCCAUAUAUUUAUUUUCGCCGACUCCUCUGGUUUCCCCUUCCCAAAUUUCUCUGUUUCAGGCUCCUCCAGAUUUCGAUUCCCAAUCGAUUCCCACAAAACCCUAGAAUUGCGUCCGUACCCAUCUCUCUCCUUCUCUCUCUCUCCUCUGCGGUACCCAAUUUGCCGAUUCCUUCUACUCCUUUCUCUCAGCUAUAGAACGAACAAAAACCUACCACCAUCCAAGUACUUGCCCCUUUUCGCGAAUGAUCGUCAGUUCAAAGAUGAUGGCCGAGACCGAGAUUAUCUGCAAGCAAACCAUACCGGCCGUCCUCGACGUCCAGUACCACCUCUGCGUCGCCGCGGAACACAACUUGAAGGUCGAUGUCUCCUCUCCUUCUUCCCCGAUCUUGGAGGCCGAAGUCUCGCGCUUUGAAUCGGUUGUCAGUUUCACAGACACUCGCCCAAUCAAGGACUCCAUAACUGAUCCAUCUACAAUCAUGUCAUUUCCAGACAUCAGAUCUGGAAGCUACUCUGAGAUUGGACCAAGACCCUCCAUGGACGACGAACACAUUCGAAUCGACGACCUCUCGACUCAUCUUGGUUCCUUCUUCAGCUGCCCUAGUGCCUUUUAUGCAGUGUUUGAUGGUCAUGGAGGGCCUGAUGCUGCUUCUUACAUCAAGAGGAAUGCCAUGAAGCUAUUCUUUGAAGAUGCUGGUUUGCCCCAAACUUCCGAUAUUAAUGCCACCUUCUUGGAAGCCCUGAUGGAUUCCCACAGGAAAGCUUUUCUGCUAGCAGAUAUUGCUAUUGCUGAUGACAGUAGUAUCAGCACCUCGUGUGGGACAACUGCCUUGACUGCCCUUGUCCUCGGACGCCACUUGCUUGUUGCAAAUGCCGGUGACUGCAGGGCCGUCCUAUGCAGGAAAGGUGCAGCCUUGGAGAUGUCACAAGAUCACAGACCUUCGUAUUUGCCAGAACGCAGAAGAGUCGAGGAGAUGGGCGGUCGAAUAGAAGAUGAAUAUCUCAAUGGCUACCUGUCAGUGACUCGGGCUCUUGGUGACUGGGAUCUGAAACUUCCAUAUGGCUCUUCAUCACCUCUAAUUGCCGAACCAGAGUUCCGACAAGUGGCACUGACUGAAGACGAUGAGUUCUUGAUAAUUGGUUGUGAUGGAAUCUGGGAUGUCAUGUCAAGCCAGUAUGCUGUAAGCCUUGUUCGUCGGGGGCUAAGACGGCAUGAUGAUCCAGAACUCUGUGCAAGAGAGCUAGUAAAUGAAGCAGGAAGGCUCCAUUCUGCGGAUAAUCUCACGGCGUUGGUUAUUUGCUUCCGUGGACCGAGGACUGCAGAGUCGUGCCCCCCACGGAGGCGGCUGAGGUGCUUCAGUCUUUCCGAGGAGGCUCGGAAUAGGCUGAAGGGGUUGAUGGAAGGGAAUUGAGAUUGUACAGAGAGUAGAAAGAAGGGAGUUUUGUAUUUUAUUAUUCACCUUAACAUAAUUUUUGGCCUGGCGGAGAGGGGGCUUCAGGAUAGGGUGAUGGGUUUUCUUUUUUCUUGUCUGUUUUGUGGCUGUUUCAGAUGAUGGUAGGUCUCGAGUUAUGUUAGCUCUUAGGAUUAGAGAAAAAGCAGCCAACAGUUUUGGGUAGUUGAAGAGGUUUGGGUACUGAAGAUGUAUCUAGUCUAGAUGUUCAAUAAACGCCAGAGACCCAUCAGUUUCCUGAGGAGUAGGUUUAUGUAGGAAAGGCCCCCUCUCAUUCUGCUUUGUCUGGAUUUUGUUAUACUCUGUUUCUUCCUGAAGAUUGUGAGAUGUUUUUUCAUAAUCUGGAUUUGAGUUUUCAGGUCUUGAUCUCUUUUUCGUUGCUUAGGAUGUUAGUUUUGGCCUUUGGGUGAAAUGUAGCGAAUCUGUGGUGAUGAAUGGGUUGGGAAGGGGACAAAAGGUUGCCACUUGCAAUCACUUGGAUUGGGAAAUUGAAUGCAUAAGAGAAAGUUGGUUAUCUUUUCAGUUAUCAUCAGAGGCUUUCUGCGAUAGCGUUGUUUGUGGUGGCGGUGGGGGGAAACGGACGGAUAGAAGAAGGGUCAGGCUUUUGUGAUUGGAAGAUGGCCA